GCACUGAAUAUACCAGUUGUGACAUUUUGAUUCUUAUAGCAAUUUUUUACUUGCUAAAUUGUGUAUUUCAAUCAAGGUCAUGGAUGCAUCAUACACAGAACCAAAUGGUGGUGCCGUUCCCACCAGUUACGCUAUCCUUUACAUCCCUCCCAGAUCUGAGAUCCGCACUAAGGGAUAUGACCCUGACCAUCUUCAACUGAAUGGUUUGGAAUCUCAUCCUUUGUCUUUCUGGAAGACAUACAGUCUUCCAAGGGGCGCUACUUACAAAGAUGCCGUGUACAGCAUCCAAGACAUCAACAAUAGUAAGCGAUGGGGUGUACUCAAAGCGCGUCUUCACUUCUCAGAUGGUAGUGAAGAGGUGUUUGAACGCACUAAGCCAAGCGAGCCGUAUUCGCUUCGCAAUGUCAAAAUCUAUGACCCUAACGGUAUAUUCACCGCUGAAACUCUGAACCGUGCUACGGUAAAUCGCCUGAAGCGUCAGCCCCAACUUAAGUCCCUUGCGGACAACCGGGGCCACCUAAAGAAAAAGCCAUCGCGUCGUACCUUUGCGCCUGAGGAGUUAUAUUGCGAAUGUCCGCCGCCAAUCUAUUCGCAGGCAGGAUUUGACUUCACUCCACUUGGGUAUAACUCGUUUUUGCUUCGUCCGGAGGAUCCACCUGAGGGUGUUCGGCCACUGAAAAGUAAUUUCAUGCAUAACAGCAAUGAUUACCGUCCACGAUCUUACUUGCGUCCAGGUCCUCCUGAAAGUCGUCAUUGCCACUGUACAGAGGUCUAUCAGGUGGGAGACUACACCAUGGAUUUGGCUAAGCAAGGUGAGCUGGUGAAUCAUCGUAAUCGUCUGGUAAAGAAACAGUUGACUUCCAUCGGAUCGGUCAAGCCAAAUCAGCUCGUGGUAGGAAAACGAAACGCACGCGAGUCUCGCUUUCCUUGCACAAUUACGCAGAAAGAAUCAUUACAGGGUAUUCCUACCGGAAAUACCGAAACUACAGCAAUCUCUCAGUCAACUGUGGCCUAAAAAGUACCAGCGGAUGUGCACUGGAAUGACAAGAGGCCAGCUGCCACUUCUCUUUCUAUUUUAUCUAUCCAUGUAGUUCACUUAUUGAUGUCAAUACGGAUGAAAAGGGUGCACACAAGUUAUUGGCAAGCGUAUAAAUAUAUGCAUAUAUUAAUAUAUUUAUAUUUAGUAAUAAUAGUAGUAGUACCUUUGCUAUCGCUUGAAUGUAUAUUUCUAAUUUCACAUACAGGGAAAGCUGGAGCCAAAUAAUAUCCUCGAAAAAGGCCAACCUUUUUCAAAUUUGAGGCACACUUUAUGUACUAGAUCUAAACACAACCAAAUGAAAACAGGUACUUUUCUUAAUGAAUAUAUCGAUAUCGAUGUCGAUAUAGCCAAAAUGUAUUCCGAUCAUUUUAGAAUGAAAAAUAUUGACUUUUUUCUCUUUUUAUUUUCUCCUAAAUUUUUUAAUAAUAUAAUAAUAAUAUUUGUAAAGCUUUUUCAAAGUAUUCAUUCAUAAUAGUGAUUCACUAAAGGCUUCAGCCAAUAUAAGUGUAGUCAUUAGGCAAAAGUAACUUCUUGUUUGCUUUUCAACCACAUAGCUUGUUCAUACCAUUUAGAUUAGGAAAGUUUAUCUGAAAAAGCUCUGUUGCAUCUUUAUAUCAGAAAUUAUUCAUAAUUUCCUGUGUUCAGAGUCAUAUUUUUCUUAUCCUGCAUUUUCAUUAUCUUCACAUUUUUCUUUAAAAGGAAUAUUCGCAAGAGUUUUUUCCUUUCUUUAUUCGUCGGGUAGUGUAAUUUGUUGAUAAUUUUCAAA